AUGACCGCGGAAGAAAAACGAGCAGUUGACGGACCAAAGAUGAUAUUUGGAGAAGUUAGCCAACCCAUUCAGCAUCCCCAUUCCGACCCAAUUGUACUUACAAUCAAAUUCGGCCUCAUGAACGUUAGAAGGGUCCUAGUAGAUACCGGCAGUACUACAGACUUGAUAACCAUGGACUGUUUGAAACAGCUCAAGUACUGCCUUGAACACUUAGAAAAGCUGGAGCGACCACUGGUCGAAUUUGGAGGGAGCCGAGUGUGCCCAUCUGGUACUAUAGUCCUACCGGUCAUAUUCAGAGAAAAGGGAAAUGGCCGAACCUUGUCGGUUCACUUCACUGUAGUCGACAUUCCAUUUCCCUACAACAUCAUCAUGGAUCUUCCCCUCAUUAAUAAAGUUAAAGCUGUCAUAUCCACACACCAAUUGCUCAUCCAAUAUGAAAAAGAAGAUGGCAAAGUCGGAAUCUUGUAUGGGGAUCAAAAGAUCUCAAGAGAAUGCCAGGUUAAUUCACUCAAAAUGGGGGCUGUGGGCAGUGAAAGGGAGAACGAAAGUUGGAAGAGAAAAGCAGAAUAG